AGUACAUUAUUGUUGUUAUAAUAUGAAGUCUAUAUGAGAAGAAUAUAAAUGUAUUUUUUAACUUACAAAUAAUAAUAAUAUUAAUUACUGUAUUAAUUGAUUUGAUCUCAAUCAAAUUAAGCUACAAAUAUCUAUCUUUAAGCUACCAUACAUGCAGUUUAUCCAUCUUUUAUAAUUUAAUAAGGUACAACCAUGUUAUGCAGUGUACAAUCUAUUCGACCCUCAUAAAUAAAAUAAAAAUAUAAUUGGACUUCUUAGCAAUUUCUAUUAAAUUAGGACGUAAAAGAGUACCAAUUUUCUUUAAUCUAUCGAAUGACGAAUUCUAAUUGGUCAUACAAAGUCACACUUCUCGAAUAAUUUACUCUCUUAGAAAAGAAAAAGAAAAAGAAAAAGAAAACCCGGCCGUGUCAGACUCUUAUCUAAGUAAUAAAAUAUUCUGAAUGCUUGACAUAGCUUAACUACUAGGCGCCAUUUCUGCUGCUCGACCCGGCUCCCUCAGUCCCUCCCUUCCUUUUUCUCUUAGCCGAUUGAUCUUCACAUGCAGCCGCCGCCGCCGCCGCUACACAUUCCCCAGUCUUCCAAGUCAGUCAGUCACAGGAAGCGAGCAUUAAUGGAGCCAGACGUGAUCGAAAUCUCUCCUCCUCCGAUGAUUUCUCGCUCUAACAGAGUUUCUAAUAAACUCAAACAGGUUGUACUUCGUGAAGUAAUUGAUGUUGACAAUGAUGAAGAUUCUUCUGAUUGUAUGAUCAUUGAUGCGACAAUGGACACAAAGAAUAAAGGGAAAGCUAUAGAAGAAAGUGUUGAUGAUUACCUUCUAGCUAAGGAUGCUAUGGUCGAUUAUCUUCCUUAUCCUUCUAAAGGCUCUGGUCCUGGAUCACAAAAAACAGUCAUUGUAGAUGGUUCUAAUUCAGAUAUGUUAGACAAUGAGUGUAUCGACAUCACAUCUGACGACUUCAUGGACUUUGAUGAGUAUGCAUAUUUACAAGCACACUUUGAUAAUGUGGAUAUUCCUCCUGGAGUGGAGGUACCUAUUCCUUGCUUGCUGGAUUCUCUUCAUAAGACAAAGAAGACUGUUAAUGAAAGUGACUCUUUGGAUACAACAAAUCAAAAGAAUCUGAAUAAUCUGGUUGCAUGGUCAUCAAAGUCUUCUGCUGUUGGCAAGAAGCUGGGUUUUAAAGUCACGCAGGACUCUGUGAGCCAUGCUUCUGGAGUUGACGUAUCCUCCCAUUGGUCUUUUGUGAGCCAUGCUUCUGGAGCUGACUUAUCUUCCCAUUGGUCAUUUUCACAAACUGCCCAAAUUAAGAAGAAACCAACCGUCUCACAACUUGGAUAUAUUAUGAAUCCCACAGCUAUUCAGAAAAUAAAGAUACCAGUUCAUUCAAGUAGUCCAAUUAUUUUUUCUCCAGUAAAUCAAUUGCACAAAGCCGCAAUCCCAUUCCCUGAUGAGCCAUCAUACCAAGGUGGUCCAACUAAUCCUUUUUUUCCAAGUUUUCCUUCACACGUGGGUGGACUGAAUCACCCUGCUUCAGUAGGCCCACCUUUUUCUUGGCCCUUGUCUGAAUUUAAAUCUUCCUUUGUUGACCAUACAAGUCACUCAGAAUUUUAUAAUCCACUUUAUGGUGGACAAAAUCUUUCUGAAGAAGGUGUGGCAAGGACUCUAAAACAUGUAAAUGAAGAUGAUAUUCUGAGCAAGUACCAAAAUUUUAAGCGGUUUGAUACUGUUGAAGAUCAUUCAGAUCAUCACUAUGCUUCUAAAGGUUCUUCAGUUAAGCAGCCUCCAAAGAAUUGGGCAAAGAAAAUUCAGGAGGAGUGGAGAAUCCUGGAGAAUGAUUUGCCAGAUGGUAUAUUUGUCAGGAUUUAUGAAUCAAGGAUGGACCUAUUAAGGGCUGUAAUAAUUGGAGCUGAGGGCACUCCUUACCAUGACGGUCUCUUCUUCUUUGACGUUUUCUUCCCUAGUGGUUAUCCCAAUAUACCACCGAAUGUCUACUAUCAUUCUGGUGGUCUUCGUCUCAACCCGAACUUGUACAAUUGUGGGAAGGUAUGUCUCAGCCUUCUUGGAACUUGGCAUGGUAACAAGAAUGAGAAGUGGCUUCCUGGUGUGUCAACUGUACUUCAAGUUCUAGUAUCCAUACAAGCAUUGAUUUUGAACCAAAAGCCCUAUUUCAAUGAGCCUGGAUAUGCACAUAUGAAUGGCUCAGCGCAUGGUGAAAUUCAGUCACAGCAGUAUAAUGAAAGGACAUUUAUAUUAUCACUCAAGACAAUGGUAUACACAAUGAGGAGGCCACCAAAGCAUUUUGAGGACUUUGUUUUGGGUCAUUUCCACAAGCAUGCUCAUGACAUUCUGGUGGCAUGUAAAGCAUACAUGGAUGGAGCUCAGGUCGGGUGUCUGGUUAAGGGUGGGGUUCAGGAUGUUGAUGAGGGCGACAAGAGCUGCUCAAAGAGUUUUAAGGACUCAUUACCAGGGUGUGUCGAUCUACUUCUGAAGGAGUUUUCACUAAUUGGAGUCAAGGACACUGAAAAGUACCAAAUUUUGGUGAAAGGGGAUAUUAAACCGAGUGCUUAAUAUCCCAAGGCUGCAACGAUUGAGUUAUUGAUUAAUAGUUUUGAGACUCGACGCAAAGCGUCUCAACGUUUCUCACAUGCAAUAUAUGUCCCUAAUUUUUAUUGAGAAACUUCAUAUAUUUUGGUUAUAGAGGCUUAUGUUUUUCUUUUAUAGGUCAAAAUACAGUUCCUAAACUGUACAGAAAUGUAAAUAUGGAUAAAAGAUGGCAGAAAGCAGACAAUUAAAAUCUCAUCUAAUUAAAAACUCCAAUUACAUCUUGAA